UGGUGCUGAGGUAAGUGGUCUUGGCAAACCAUCAGCAAGACGACCAGCCGGAGAAGCUUGCCUUAGGAGUCAAUAAUGGCGAUGUCUGCUGCUUUUGCUGGCUUCGCGAAGCGAUACAGCGCCAAGUACAUUCAAACUGGAAGCUUUUCACCAGUUCUUCAUUUUAUGGGAGUCAGUGCGCUGACCCACCUGUCGAUCAAGUACGUCGUCGUUGGGCAACACAAAAGCGCGCAAAAGAAGGAGGAGGCGAAGAAGAUCCGCGACUUUUACAAUGCCCACCACGUCGGGGCCCACCACUGAUGCUCUCAACCGCGUUGUACCGCUACGUAGGGGGAGUUCAGUGUGGGCGGGAGGGGGGAGGG